UAAUUUUCUUCGAAAGGAGUAUGUGAUUUCCAGUGCCAGUUAGGGGCUUCGGCCCGUGCAUGGUCAAAUAGACUGUUCCAUCGAAAUGAAUGCUGCAUCCGCCAUCAAUGUUCGAUUGCUGUUCGUAGCCCAUCUGAUUUCCCUGCUGCAAUAUUCAUCUGCUGGUACUUGCUGGUCAGCCAUGGUUCGCAACGGCAACGGUCGAUGUACUGAGCUGCUUCAGCAAAAAAUUUCCAAAGAAGACUGCUGCUCGGGAAGAUCCGUUACGACGUCUUGGUCGGCGGAAGAACUUGAUUCUGGAACGCUGUUUUUCUGGAGGAUCUUGGGAGGUGGCGUACGGUGCUCUUCAUGCCGAGAUUCUUGCAAAGGCGUAACGUGCGAAGUGGGUAAAACUUGCGUGUUGAGGAAAGGAACUCCAAAAUGCGUUUGCGCCUCCAAAUGCAAGGUGGGAAAGAGCCGACGAAAGACUCCUGUCUGCGGAACUGAUGGGCGCAGCUAUCGAAACAUUUGUAGGUUAAGAAAAAUGUCUUGUCGCCGUAAAUCCCAUUCCCUUGCGGUCGCUUACAAAGGCACAUGUCAAACUCACGCGACUUGCACGAAAGUGCGAUGCCGACAGGACCAAUCCUGCUUGAAGGACUCGAAAACGGGCAUGCCGCGAUGCGCCAGCUGCUCGGAGAGUUGCCUACCGAGGAACGCGAUGCGCGGGCCCAUCUGCGCAAGCAACAACAGCACAUACUACAGCUGGUGCCACAUGAUGCAAGACGCGUGUCGCCAGGGCUACGUUAUCGACACCAAGCACGCAGGAAGGUGCAAGAUGACGUCGCCUAAGCUGACGAAGAUUUGAUCUACAAUAUCUGACUAGUAUUUAGGAAAUCAUAAGCCAAAGAAAAAUAACAAUCUGAAUAUUAGAGAAUAUCGAAAAAAUAAUUGUGAGGUUAGAAAAUUCUAGUUUAAAUGUUAGCAAAUUCGAAGCGACCGUUCCAAAUUAACGAAUUUCGUGAUCUGUCGCUCGUCACGAAAACAGUUUUGCAGGUGUCGAUUUUUGAAAAGGGGACUGGACAAACCAAUCGUUUUUUUUUUCAAAAACCAGAAUUUUUGGUGGUUUGUUCCAGCGCCUACGCCCGUAAGAUUGUGUUCGUUUAGAUAUCACUUAUAUCAAUAUAAUAUAUUUUGUUGGUUGAUUGUUCUUAAUGGAUAGUACUAGCGAAAGAGGACACUAACUAGUUUCAUUAUAUGUAGUGGUAAUCCACGGAAUCUCUUAGGAACAGUAUUAGAAUCAUAGAUAGACAGAUUGUUUUUGGUAUAACUUGAAGUACACCAGGAUUUCUAGGUUAGGAUGACUAUCUCGGUGGAAGGAAUUCAUAUUUUAGAAAAUGGUUUAUAAUUUUUCUGGAAAGCUGUAAUAAGUAUCAUGACAAACAUUCACUUUUGAUUUAAAAAAAUUACGGUUUCCUACCUCUACUGUAUUUUAUCUAUCCAUUCCUACAAUAACCCAAAUCUGAAGAGCGAAUAGUCUGAUUUCGAAUAAACGUUAUUGUAAUUCAUUUUAUUUGAAGAAUAAUUGAUACAAACAUCCACGCUCCGAGAUAAGAGAUCCACAAGGUUAAGUUCUUGGCCCUGUUUAGUUUUUUGCUCAUGUGGGCGAUAUUGACAAUCAUGAUAUGACAGAUAUAAAUUCGGAAAAACUAUGUAGCAUGGAAUAACAUACGGGUUAGGAAAGAUGUGUAAAAGUUGAGGCAUCAAGAUAUCUGGAGAAUACUGAGUACACAUCAAGAUAUGGGAAUCAGGUUCUGGUAAAUGCCUAGCGGAAAACAACUACUUCCCUGGCUAAUACCUCGCUGGAUAUUGAAUUAUACCCGACAUAUAUUUUAGCAAGAUACGUCACAGAGGUGAGUCUCGCAGAUGCUUCUUGUUUAUCCAGCAGCAGGUUCGAGUGCAUGUAUGAAAUCUUCGUCUAAGAGAAAGAUAGUUAACUAGAAACAGCUCCAUUUCGUGUGCAAAACCCCACCUACUGUGUAGAUAGUUGAGAGAGACGAAUAUUUCAAAAUUUUAUUUCGUUCUCGGUCGAUCACAUACAUGGCGUCUUCGUAAGGAGAGAUAUCAUCUCCCUUACUCGAAACUACGACUUCAUUCUCUGAAUUUCGACUUUGAAGGCGAAAUUUCCACUUUAAUGUCUAAGUUUCAUUUUUAAACGAGAAAUUUCGAGAUUACUCUCGAAUUUUUGACUUUAAUCUCGAUAUU